ACUCUCGAGCUGCGAUAUUUGUUGAGCGUAAGCCUCGAGGGUACUUUGCGAAGUUAUUUAGAUGGAAUCAAGGAAAUGAAGAUAACGAUGCCACUCGUGAAUAUCAUCAAAGGCUACGUGCAAAUGGUGAAACGUGGUAUAGCAGAAAAGAUGUAUUCCGUCAGAAACCAAAAUACGAACACAAACUCGGCAGUCCGUUGAUUUGG